AUAAGGAUCGAACACAUUAACAUAGUAUACAAGUGGAAACCUAUAGGAGAGUUAUUCCUUAGUUGUAAAUUAUUUGAGAAUAUUUAAAGUAACUAACACAUUCCAUAAUGCCGGCUCAUGUGAACUUAACCCUUGAGGAGAUGACUAGGGUGGCCUUGGGAGUACCAGAAUUAACCCACGUAAAUGUGGCGGUGCUCCACAGUCUCCUGAAUAUCCUGCUCAAGAAGCUGAACUGCCAAAAUGACGUGGUUACAAUCAGUGGCUUUGAGGGCAAGUGCAUGGAGCGAAUCCUGCAGCAGUCGAAAAUAUCCCCACUUCCCUUCAAUGAGGAGGCUGUCCUGCCCAUUUCCGAGCAGCUGGACAAAGUCGAGGAAAUGGAGAAGCGCAUCAAACAGCUGGAGUGCAAAUUGGAGUGCCACUUCCAGCAGAUUCGCAUUUGCAACAGGAACAAGGACAAACAGUACAGGGUUCACGCAGCCGAACGGUAUGCCUCCCCCUGCGAGGAUCUCUGCACCGUUUGCGAUGAGGACAACAAAAUAGCCUGUAGUCUAUUGGCCAACGUGGAUUUUAUGAAGAAGUUAAUGCGACGUAUAGCCACUCCGAUUAUGGACCAAAUGGAGGAGGUCAGCAGGAAGCUGGAGAAGUUCUACGUCACUCUUCAGGCUUUCCUCAAGCAAACUGAGGCGCUCUUCAAGCGACUGGAACUGGUCAAGCAAUGUGUGGUGGAAAUCGAAAACCUGAGAUCUUUGGUGCAGGAAUACAACCUGACUUUCCUGGGAACCAUGGAGGAACUGCAGGAUAUGCUGGACAGCAAACUGGACAAGGUACACAUGCCUGCUUUGAAGAAGUACAUUCGAGAUCGUUUCGAUGACAUCGACCGUCGUUUGAAAUUGAUUGAGGAGAAGGAUGCCUGUCCCAGAGCUGCAGGAUUCAUCAAUACUGGAAUAUGUUGCUUAUCCUGCAACAGUCCCAAUGUUGGUGUCGAUGUGGGUCCCCAAAACAUGGGCGUUUUCCCCGAUGCCCCAGUGAGGCACAUCCCAAUGUUGGCUGGUUUGCCUCCGCAAAAUUGCCAGAAGACCGUGGUCUGCCGUGCGGUGGAAAAGGAACCCACUUUGAUGGUUCGGGUUAAGAAUAUUGAUCUGAAAGUGCUCUCCCACCGACUUAAUCGCCCUGCCACGGGAAAAGUUUGCAAGCUGCCUGAAGCCAACGAUGUCAUUUAUGGAGUUCGCAGUUCCUGUGUUUCUGGAUCUUAGGUAUUAGUGCCCAUCCAAAUCGAUUUGUUGAGACAAUAAAGCAUAUGCAUGUGCAUGUGGCCCCUCUCAAGGCUGUUUCCGUUAA